CAGAAUGGGAGUUUUGUUUUCUUAUUACUUUUCACAGACAUUUUGAUUCCUGUGGUUCUUGGAGGUAGCUGCUGGAGUUUGCAGAGACAAAUGGAUGAAGAACAAUAUUCAUCUGGUUGGGACGAAAAUUACUCAUUUGUUCACUUUCUUAAUGAAAGCAAUGUCUGCGAAAUGGGAAACUAUUUUACCUUUUACACCCAUUUCACUACUGUUCUCUAUACUCUGGCAUUUUUGCUCAGCCUGCUAGGAAACACUCUGGUGUUAUGGAUCCUACUCAAAUAUGAAAACCUUACAUCUUUAACGAACAUCUUCAUCAUGAAUCUUUCUGUCUCUGACUUAGUCUUCUCGUGCAUGCUGCCAUUCUGGGCAGUGUACCAGAGCUUCGGGUGGAUUUUUGGUGAGUUCCUUUGCAAGGCAGUGAAUGCCAUUUUCUCUAUUGGCUACUACAGUGGUGUUUUCUCUCUAACUCUCAUGACUAUUUUACGGUAUUUGUCUGUGGUGAACCCUCUUUCUACUCUGAGAUCCCAGACGCAGUACUGCCGUUGUCUGGUGUGCUUGUUUAUUUGGACUUGCAGCAUUUUAAUGGUAGUUCCGGAGAUUAUUCACACCACAGUGACAGAAACCUUGGAAGAAGUCAGUAUCUGUGAUUAUGAUGACUGGGAAUGGAAAAAAGUGGACAUUUAUCAGAGAAACAUACUCUUCCUGAUUUCCUUUGGGAUUAUCGUAUUCUGUUACAUCAAUAUACUGAUAAUUCUGCUUGGAACAAGAUCUCGCAGAAAGCGCAGAACUGUGAAACUCAUCCUUGUUAUUGUGGUGGCUUUCUUCCUGAGCUGGGCACCUUACAACAUCCUCAGCUUUCUGAUUACUUUUCCACCAUCUACAUGCCAGUACAGCAAUGACAUCCACCUCGCCUUUCACAUCAGCCGUAAAAUUGCUUUCUCCCACUGCUGCCUCAAUCCCGUGCUCUACGUAUUUGCUGGAGUCAAGUUCAAGAGGCAUUUGUUUCGUUUAUGCAGCCAGUAUUUACCCUGUGGCGAUGAAGUCUCCAGCCCCCGGAUCAGCUCUCAAGGCAAAUUCCACUAUGAAGAUGGGUCCACCUACUGAAGGGAGACCAAACUAUUAGUGCCAGUCUCUGAUGAACUUUCAGAUUUUAAAGGCCAUGCAUGAUCUCCGAUUCCUAAAGGCUCUUCCCUGAGAAAGUGGCCGAUUUUGUCUUUGCAAACAUAUUGUGAAUGGGAAAUGAUUAGAAAAAUGAUUAGCAGGAGGAUGGAGAAACCAAGAAGUGACCUCACUGGUCUGUAACUCUUACCUUCUUUAUGCUUUUUGGCACAGUGAUACUUUUUCUCAUUCAUGGUUUUCUUUAGAAAAAGAAAAAAGAAUGCUUGCUUUUUUCUUUGGCAGUUAAAACUUCAGGUCUUAAAGUGAAUAGUGCUGCACAUUUCUUUCUUGCCUGAUUUUAAAUAUUCAUAUUGUUUCUAUCAUGGACACUUAAGCAUUUCUGUAGCUUUUAAUGCUUCACAGUAUUUGUUGGUGCUGAACUCACUGAUGUUCUCUGUGUGCUAAGGUUCUUCGACCUAUUGAUAGGCAAAUAUAUAUAAAGCCAACAGAGUGUAAAAAAGCUUUGCUUUUUUACCUCCUUCACACCUGUCUGUAUACUAUAGAUACCUAUAUCUCUGAGGUAUGUGAACAUCUUAUAAAUGCUUAUGAAAAAAAAAGUCAAGAAUUGUAACAGAAGCACAAAAUAUUUGAACAGUCCUGCCUUGCUCACUUUUUAACAAGUUAUUUAAGUCUGCUUGUAGCUUAAGCAUAUGUUACCAUAUAUCUGAACAUGUAAAGGUGACGUGAAAUAUUAUCCAAUCAUACUGUUGUCAAUCAUAACCAAAAGUAACUCAUGUGAAGAUUUCUCCUACUGGUAUAAUAAAGCGGUACUAAUAAAUGUUCAGAAAUUCAAA